GAAUCGGCUUGGACUUUUUCUCAACACAGACUUAGGGAAUCGGCUUGGACUUUUUCUCGAAAUAGACUUGUGAAAUCAGCUUGGACUUUCUCUCAAAACAGACUCGAAUCGGCUUGGACUUUCUCUCAAAAUGGACUCGAAUCGACUUGGACUUUUUCUCGAAAUGGACUUGUGGAAUCCGCUUGGACUUUCUUAAGCGAACUU